UUGACCGUUGGCUGCCAGGGUAGGGGUCGCCGCGCGGCUGAUCCGCUGCACGCCGACCAGAGGGGCCGCAGGCUGCCGAAAAGCUCGGCCUGGAAUCCAUCGGCGAGACCGAGUUCCGCUCCGCCAUGCCAGCCGGGAGCAACGAGCCGGACGGCGUCCUCAGCUAUCAGAGAGCAGAUGAGGAAGCUGUGGUGGACCAGGGCGGGACCAGCACCAUUCUCAACAUUCAUUAUGAGAAAGAAGAGCUGGAAGGUCAUAGAACUCUGUAUGUGGGGGUUCGAAUGCCGCUGGGCAGGCAGAGCCACCGGCACCACCGCACCCACGGUCAAAAGCACCGGAGACGAGGGCGGGGCAAAGGAGCCAGCCAGAGUGAGGAGGGCCUGGAAGCGCUGGCCCACGACACUCCAUCUCAGCGUGUCCAGUUCAUUCUUGGCACCGAGGACGAUGAGGAGCACGUGCCUCACGAGCUGUUCACAGAGCUGGACGAGAUCUGCAUGAAAGAAGGCGAAGAUGCUGAGUGGAAGGAGACAGCCAGGUGGCUGAAGUUUGAAGAGGACGUGGAGGACGGGGGCGAGCGCUGGAGCAAGCCGUACGUGGCCACUCUUUCACUGCACAGCCUCUUUGAGCUCAGGAGCUGCCUCAUCAAUGGGACUGUCCUCCUGGACAUGCGAGCAAAUAGCAUAGAAGAAAUUUCAGACCUGAUACUGGACCAGCAGGAGCUGUUCAGUGACCUGAAUGACAGUGUGAGGGUUAAAGUACGGGAAGCCCUCCUCAAAAAGCACCAUCACCAGAAUGAGAAGAAGAGAAACAACCUUAUUCCCAUUGUUCGGUCCUUUGCUGAGGUUGGCAAGAAGCAGUCUGAUCCGCAUUCAAUGGAUAAAAAUGGUCAAACUGUAUCUCCUCAGUCCAUGCCAACUACAAGUCUUGAAGUGAAAAAUGGAGUGAAUUGUGAACAUAGUCCUGUGGACUUAAGCAAGGUGGACCUUCAUUUCAUGAAAAAAAUUCCUACUGGGGCAGAGGCCUCCAACGUCUUGGUUGGAGAGGUGGAUACUCUGGACCGGCCCAUUGUUGCCUUUGUGCGGCUCUCUCCAGCUGUUCUCCUCUCAGGCCUGACAGAAGUGCCAAUCCCAACAAGGUUCUUGUUUAUCUUACUGGGUCCAGUAGGGAAAGGCCAGCAGUACCAUGAGAUUGGCAGAUCCAUGGCCACCAUCAUGACAGACGAGAUUUUUCAUGAUGUGGCAUAUAAGGCGAAAGAGCGAGAUGACCUCCUGGCAGGGAUCGAUGAGUUCCUAGACCAGGUGACGGUGCUCCCUCCGGGGGAGUGGGACCCGUCCAUCAGAAUCGAGCCACCCAAAAACGUCCCUUCCCAGGAGAAAAGGAAAAUGCCUGGAGUUCCAAAUGGAAACGUUUGCCACGUAGAACCAGAACCCCAUGGGGGACACAGCGGGCCAGAACUUCAGCGCACUGGGCGGCUGUUUGGGGGCUUGGUGCUGGACAUCAAGCGGAAGGGGCCCUGGUACUGGAGCGACUUCCGGGACGCGCUCAGCCUGCAGUGCCUGGCCUCCUUCCUGUUCCUGUACUGUGCCUGCAUGUCCCCGGUCAUCACCUUCGGGGGACUGCUUGGAGAAGCCACGGAGGGACGCAUAAGCGCAAUUGAAUCCUUGUUUGGAGCCUCCAUGACUGGGAUUGCAUACUCCCUGUUUGCUGGGCAGCCUCUCACCAUCUUGGGAAGCACUGGGCCAGUGCUGGUAUUUGAAAAGAUUUUGUUCAAAUUCUGCAAAGAUUAUUCCCUUUCAUACCUCUCCCUGCGAACUUGUAUCGGACUGUGGACUGCCUUCCUGUGCAUUGUCCUUGUAGCAACUGAUGCCAGUUCCCUCGUCUGCUACAUCACCCGCUUCACUGAAGAAGCAUUUGCCUCCCUGAUUUGCAUUAUCUUCAUCUAUGAAGCAAUUGAAAAGCUGAUUCACCUGGCAGAGACGUACCCUGUCCACAUGCACAGCCAGCUGGACCACCUUACCCUCUACUACUGCAGGUGUGCACUCCCCGAGAACCCAAGCAACCACACCCUGCAGUACUGGAAGGAGCGAGGCAUUGUGGCAGCAGAAGUGACCUGGGCGAACCUGACCGUCAGCGAGUGCCAGAAGAUGCGUGGCGAGUUCAUGGGAUCUGCGUGUGGCCGUCACGGGCCCUACGCUCCUGAUGUGCUCUUUUGGUCCUGCGUUCUCUUCUUCACCACCCUCACGCUCUCAAGCACCCUAAAGACGUUUAAGACGAGCCGCUAUUUCCCAACCAGAGUACGAUCCAUGGUGAGUGACUUUGCGGUCUUCCUCACCAUCUUCACAAUGGUCAUUGUUGACUUUUUGAUUGGUGUUCCAUCACCAAAGCUUCAAGUACCCAGUGUGUUCAAGCCAACGAGAGAUGACCGAGGAUGGUUUAUCAACCCCAUUGGCCCCAACCCUUGGUGGACUGUGAUAGCUGCAAUUAUCCCGGCUCUGCUAUGCACGAUCUUGAUAUUCAUGGACCAGCAGAUCACCGCUGUCAUCAUUAACAGGAAGGAACAUAAGCUCAAGAAAGGCUGUGGCUACCACCUGGACCUGCUGAUGGUGGCCAUCAUGCUGGGCGUCUGCUCCAUCAUGGGCCUGCCCUGGUUUGUGGCUGCAACCGUCCUGUCCAUCACACACGUGAACAGCCUCAAGCUGGAAUCUGAGUGCUCCGCUCCUGGAGAACAGCCCAAGUUCUUGGGUAUUCGAGAGCAGAGAGUCACAGGCCUCAUGAUCUUCGUGCUGAUGGGCUGCUCAGUCUUCAUGACAACUGUUUUAAAGUUUAUUCCUAUGCCAGUGCUCUAUGGAGUUUUCCUCUAUAUGGGAGUUUCUUCACUGCAGGGAAUUCAGUUCUUCGAUCGUCUGAAGCUCUUUGGGAUGCCUGCAAAGCACCAGCCUGAUUUCAUCUACUUGCGCCACGUGCCACUGCGCAAGGUGCACCUCUUCACCCUCAUCCAGCUCACCUGCCUCGUCCUGCUCUGGGUCAUCAAGGCAUCGCCAGCUGCCAUUGUUUUCCCAAUGAUGGUCCUGGCCUUGGUCUUUGUCAGGAAAGUUAUGGAUUUUUGCUUCUCUAAGCGUGAACUGAGCUGGUUAGAUGACCUCAUGCCUGAAAGCAAAAAGAAGAAGCUGGAUGAUGCCAAAAAGAAGGCUAAGGAGGAGGAGGAGGCUGAGAAAAUGUUGGAAAUUGGGGGUGACAAGUUCCCACUUGAAAGCCGGAAGUUAUUAAGUAGUCCUGGAAAGAGCAACAGUUUCAGAUGUGACCCUUCUGAGAUUAAUAUAUCUGAUGAAAUGCCUAAAACUACAGUCUGGAAAGCUCUCAGUAUAAAUUCUGGAAAUACAAAGGAAAAAAGUCUCUUCAACUAGGAAUUUUUGCGAGGAUGGAAGAUUUGGGCCAUGUGAUGCCUCAGGGAAGUUCUGGUUGGCAAGAAAAUGGUGAAUCUGAGAGAAGAAGCAAGGCCGAGUCUGGCCCCAUUCUUGGUCAUCUCAAAGCCAUGCCCAUGCUGAAGCAUCCGGUUACUCUCUGUGUGCAUUUUGGAGGUCAUCCAGCUACCCGCAUACCAGCAGCCAGACAGCAGUGGCAAUGCGGGAGUAGAAGACCACUGCCUGUUGGUACCUGUCCUCUGUCUUCUUUUCUUCAGAACUGCCACCAUUAAAGACCCAGCUUCCCAUUUUUCAGA